CUUUCCAUAGGCGCUUGUCAACACCCUUCUAUGAAUAUACAUCCUAUCAAUUCCUUUGUUUUCAAUUUUAACUAUUUGCAUUUAAUAAGUUUUCUGGAAACAAGAAAGAAAAAGGCUAAACAUGGCCCCAGUCCCUCAAUCAAUCCUGCGCGCCCUUUCACUCUCCAUCGACCCUUCAAAAUCUAACCUCUCAACAUCCGGUCUCGGAGGUUUCUCAACUACAGGCCGUAUUUCUGCACAUGUACCAUCAUCAGGUAGUACUAAUAAAGAUGGCGAGAAGGAAGAAGAACGGCAAUUUUUCGUCAAGACAUCCCCCAACGGCGAAGAAAUGUUUCAAGGCGAAUAUGCCUCUCUGAAUGCGAUCGCCGAUAGCGUCCCUGGAUUUUGCCCUAGAGCGCUAGCAUGGGGUCCAUUAGAUGAAAAGAAGGGGUUUUUCCUUGUGACUGAGUUUCUAGAUCUGGGUGGUGGCCGUAGUAGUAGCGGUCGAUCUGGAACAAAAUCAUCUCUGGCGCAAAGAUUAGGUAGAUUACAUAGUACGCCUGCACCUCCGCCACCAGAUACUGAUAAACCGAUGUUUGGGUUCCCGGUGCCCACGUACUGCGGAGAUUCAAGACAGUCGAAUAACUUCCAUCAGUCAUGGGCGAACUUUUAUGCGAAUGAGCGACUGCUCAUGAUCCUGAGGGAAUCCGAGAGACGAAAUGGUCUGGACAAGAGUCUUCGAGAUCUUGUCGAAAGGACGACAUCGGCGGUUGUGCCAAGACUCUUGGGGGAUAAGCAUUUGGGGUACGACAAGAAUGGCAAGGGCCAAGGGAUCAUUCCUGUCGUCGUCCAUGGGGAUCUAUGGAGUGGUAAUGCAAGUAAAGGACGGAUUAUAGGAUCGGGAGGCAAGUAUGAUGAAAAGAAUGGUGGCGGGGAUGUGGUUUACGAUCCAUCGGCAUGCUAUGCACAUAAUGAAUAUGAGUUAGGAAUUAUGCAUAUGUUUGGUGGAUUUGGGCGUGAUUUCUUUGAUGAGUACCAUAAAAUCGUUCCAAAGACGGAGCCGGUGGAGGAAUAUGAUGAUCGAGUCAGGCUUUAUGAGCUGUACCAUCAUCUGAAUCACCAUGCUAUCUUUGGGGGAGGAUAUAAAUCUGGCGCUGUCUCUAUUAUGACAAGAUUGAUUAACAAGUAUGGGAAAGAGUAGAUAGGGAGGUAGUUCAUGACCAUUUCAUUAUUG